AUGCAUAUACCUUACAAAGUCUUUUUUAUCGCAGCCCGUUUUACUCUAACCUACUCUAGGGUAAUUUCGCAUCGUUUGAAUCCCGAACAGCGGGUCUGCAUCAUGACUGGCAGCGAUGCCAAACGCCUCCUCUCGAGAUCAGAUUUGGACUUGGAGUUCCUGGCUAGCCUUCAAAGUCUGUCCGAGAGGUUCGACAGCUUGUGGUGGCACCAACUGCUCCCGAAUCGGUCGAUGGACCUGCUGCAGGAGGUGCUACGCCAGACGAAUGCCUUCAUCGAACGUCACAAGCCCUGGUCGGCCGGGUCGUCUCAUCUGUCCCGAGGCGAAGUGCUGGGCGUUUGUCUGGAAUCUCUCCGCCUGCUUGCCUGCUUCCUGACCCCGGCGGCUCCCCAUCUCGCCUCCAGUCUCUUUCAAAAACUCGGCCUUGGCUCAAGCGAGGGUUGUAAACACGAGGCUGUUCGACCCCUCUGCAAGGGACAG